AUCAAAAUUUAUAAAAUUUCUUGUGAUCUCAUUUUCUAUGUCUCUAUGGACUAUGACCUCACCCAUUACGGGUUCCUCUGUGUAUUUACUCCUAUUUAAUCGAUUGAAUCAAAUCACCAAUUCAUCAAUUUGUUUGCACAUCUUCAACACUUCACUCACAAAACAUAACAGGAAAUAGUGUAAUUUAAGCACAAAAAUGGCAGCAAGUGUUAGGAGAAUCAAAUUGGGUACUCAAGGUUUAGAAGUUUCUGCUCAAGGUCUAGGAUGUAUGGGAAUGUCUGCCUUUUAUGGCCCUCCUAAAUCUGAGGAAGAAAUGAUCCCGCUAAUUCACCAUGCUAUUAAUUGUGGUAUCACUUUUCUUGAUACUUCAGAUGUUUAUGGACCUCAUACCAAUGAAAUUCUUAUUGGCAAGGCCUUAAAAGGAGGCUGGAGGGAGAAAGUGGAAUUAGCUACUAAAUUUGGUGUCAAAUUUUCAGAUGGGAAAGGAUCAGUUCAUGGUGAUCCUGCAUAUGUUAGGGCUGCUUGUGAGGGAAGCUUGAAACGACUCGAUAUGGACUGCAUUGAUCUCUAUUAUCAACACCGUAUCGAUACCAAAGUUCCCAUUGAAAUCACGAUGGGAGAACUGAAAAAACUAGUCGAGGAGGGUAAAAUAAAGUACAUAGGGCUAUCUGAAGCAUCGGCCUCAACCAUCAGAAGAGCACAUGCAGUUCACCCCAUAUCAGCAGUCCAGUUGGAAUGGUCCUUAUGGACAAGAGAUGUGGAGAAAGACAUAAUCCCUACCUGCAGGGAACUUGGGAUUGGGAUUGUGGCAUACAGUCCUCUAGGAAGAGGUUUUCUCUCUACAGGGCCCAAGAUAACAGAGAAGUUUUCAGAGGCCGACUACCGUCAGCAUUUUCCACGGUUCAAGCCGGAGAAUGUUGAGCACAACAAACACAUAUUUGAGCGAGUCUGUGAAAUCGCGGCCAGAAAAGGAUGCACCCCCGCCCAGUUAGCCCUUGCAUGGGUUCAUCACCAGGGAGAUGAUGUAUGUCCGAUUCCCGGAACUACUAAGAUCGAGAAUUUAAACCAGAACAUUGGAGCUUUAUCUGUAAAGCUAUCUCCCGAAGACAUGGCUGGGCUGGAAACCCUUGCAUCUGACGACAGUGUUAAGGGUGAUCGAUACGGAGGUCUUUCUCCUUCAUGGAUGAAUUCAGAAACUCCACCUUUGUCAUCAUGGAAACCUGAAUGAACUUGUUCAUUUGCAUCUUGUUCAGAUCGGUAGUGCAUCGAUUUUAUUUUAGGUCACAUGAAUAUAUGAUCGUCUUUGUUUGAUCCUUUUUUCUGUUUUUCGUGUCAAUUUUGUACAAGAGUACUCUGUAUAACUAUCGUUUACAUAAUGUAAUGAGCUUGAAUAAAUCGUUUACGAUUGAUACUGGGUUUUAUGCACAUUUAGUUGAGUUUCUCUUGA